CCCGCCCGCCAGGACCGACCGCCCGCCAUGGCCGCCUACCUGCGGGCCGCGCAGUCGCUGUGCAGGCCCCCCGCCCGCACCCUGACCAAACCGGCCCCGGUCCUGGCGGCCGCCGUGCUCCCCCUGCAGCGCCAGCCAAACCGCGACUAUGCCGAUAAACGGAUCAAGGUGGCGAAGCCGGUGGUGGAGAUGGACGGAGAUGAGAUGACCCGCAUCAUCUGGCAGUUCAUCAAGGAGAAGCUAAUCCUGUCGCACGUGGAUGUUCAACUCAAAUACUUUGACCUGGGGCUUCCGCACCGUGACCAGACGGAUGACCAGGUGACCAUCGACUCGGCGCUGGCCACUCAGAAGUACAGCGUGGCUGUCAAGUGUGCCACCAUCACUCCUGAUGAAGCUCGGGUGGAAGAGUUCAAGCUGAAGAAGAUGUGGAAGAGCCCCAACGGCACCAUCAGGAACAUCCUCGGGGGGACGGUCUUUCGGGAGCCCAUCAUCUGCAAGAACAUCCCCCGCCUGGUCCCCGGCUGGACCCGAGCCAUCACCAUCGGGAGACACGCCCAUGGCGACCAGUACAAAGCGACAGACUUUGUGGUGGACCGGUCGGGCUCCUUCAAGAUGGUGUUCACCCCGAAGGACGGCAGCGGGGUGAAGGAAUGGGAGGUGUACAACUUCCCCGGCGGCGGCGUGGGCAUGGGCAUGUACAACACCGACGAGUCCAUCUCAGGGUUUGCGCACAGCUGCUUUCAGUACGCCAUCCAGAAGAAGUGGCCCCUGUACAUGAGCACCAAGAACACCAUCCUCAAGGCCUACGACGGCCGCUUCAAGGACAUCUUCCAGGAAAUCUUUGACAAGCACUACAAGACGGAAUUCGACAAGAACAAGAUCUGGUACGAACACCGGCUCAUCGACGACAUGGUGGCCCAAGUGCUCAAGUCCUCGGGCGGCUUCGUCUGGGCCUGCAAGAACUACGACGGCGACGUGCAGUCCGACAUCCUGGCCCAGGGCUUUGGCUCCCUCGGGCUCAUGACCUCCGUGCUGGUGUGCCCAGAUGGGAAGACCAUCGAAGCGGAAGCGGCUCACGGCACCGUCACCCGCCAUUACCGGGAGCACCAGAAGGGCCGGCCCACCAGCACUAACCCGAUCGCCAGCAUUUUUGCCUGGACCCGGGGCCUGGAGCACCGAGGAAAGCUAGACAGCAAUCAGGACCUAAUCAACUUUGCCCAGACCCUGGAAAAGGUUUGUGUCCAGACGGUGGAGAGCGGAGCCAUGACCAAGGAUCUCGCCGGUUGCAUCCAUGGGCUGAGCAACGUGAAGCUGAACGAGCACUACCUGAACACCACCGACUUCCUGGACGCCAUCAAGAACAACCUGGACAAAGCCCUGGGCAAGAGCUAAGGGCCGGGAGGAGUCGCCGGGCCCUGCAGCCUCCACGCCGGGGGCCGGGGAGGGGCGGGCACGGAGGGUGGAGAACCUCACCCGGUAGUCGGUAGCCCUCUCCCCACCCAUCCCGCCCGCCACGGGUGCAGAGAGCCAACCAGGGGUUUUCUAAAUCGGGUUGUUUAUUCGUUUUGGUUUUUUUUAAAGGUUUUCUAAACGGGUGUCCUACCUCGGCCACCCACCUCAGCCAAAGGUGACGACGUGACCUGCGGGUCCCCGUCUGUAACUUAUGUGCCUUCUCCAGGACUCACAGUGCCAUAUUUAGCUACUAAAAUCUCUUCACCGAG